CAUAUCACGUGAUAUAUAUGCUAUCUCCGCCAGCUCUGCUUGCGAUUGGGGCUGUUGGAGAUGGUGCACAAGCUUGAUCGCUGCUCCACUUUAUGUGUUCUGAUACGUUUAUAUAUUCCUAUAUUUUCAAUUCGUUGAACACUUCACUUGCUAUUUGCAGGCGAAGCUAAAAUACCGACCUGAGUCGCAAGAAUCGUGCCGCGGCAUCUCCCUGAAGUUUCCUCUCUCCGGCCUCAUGGCGACGAUGAUGGAGGAGGACGAUGACGAACUCUACGACCCCACAUAUAUUGCUCCUUCCACUGAGGCAUCCAAAGACGCUGACGCACAUUCUGGCGGAGCAAAGCUAGCCGAGGCAGAGAACAAGGCACAGGAGGAAGAACAAGAGGUAGAGGAGGAGGAGGAAGAGGAGGAGGAAGAUGAUGAUGACUUUAAAAUCAUAACGGAGGCCCCUCCGGACGCCGUAAUUGAGCAACCUUCCCGACAUUCUAUCCUUCGAAACGAAUCUCUACGACCUUCGUCGGUGGAAGCAACAAGCGCACCUAAACCUUCUACUCCAUCUAUCGCCCCAAAAGUUGAAACACCCGCUCUCCCUCACGCCACAGCCGCGAAGCCAGUAGCCCCUCAAAAACCAGGUUCAGCUUACCCUGCUCAACAUACAUCAACUAUAGAUAUCAACGCAAACCCCGUCCACCCUACUACCAACAAACCUAUUCUCUCCACCGAUUUAGAUGCCGAUUUCCCCACAGAAAAUGACAAACCAUGGCGCAGGCCGGGAUCAGACAUGACCGACUAUUUCAACUAUGGUUUUGACGAAUUUACUUGGGCGAGUUACUGUUUGAAACAGCAGACAUUACGAAAGGACAUCGUUGACCAGAAAAAACAAAUGGAGGAAAUGCACGCAUUCCUAGGUGGCGGUCUACCUGGAAUACCAGGUCCAAACCCAGGCCCAGGUCCAGGGACUCCAAAUAUAGUGCCUGGUGGAGGUACUCCAGGCCCGGGCCCAGGACCACCGCAAGCCACCGGUCCUCCUCCCAAUGCAAUACCAGGAAUGUCUCCUGGUAUGGGUGACAUGUCGCAGGAAAUGAUGCAAGGAAUGUUUACGAGCAUGAUGGCGCAGGGACUGGAUCCUGCCUCAAUGGAUCCGAUGACUUUCAUGCAGCAUGCACAGGCAAUGAUGGGAGGAGGCCAGCCUGGGCCCGGUCCGGGUCCGGGCCCGGGUGGUCCUAGCGGUCCGCCGGGUGGCCAGCCAGGUUUUGGUGGACCAGGUCCCGGACAACCGUUUGGUGUACCAGGCGGAGGCCAGCCGCAGAUGGGAUACGGCGGAUACGAGCAAAGGGGUGGUGGAUUUGUUAGAGGGAAGGGUGGGCGAAGGUGGUAACAAAGGUCCACCAAGAGUUAAAUUGCUUGAUGCUUUUUUAUUUGAAGGCUGAUAUUUCCUGGGUUGGAUGAUAUUGUCCUUGCUUUAUAUAGGCAUUCUCCUGUUUGAUUUGGGCUAUCUAGGCGUUGUUUUCGUAACCAAAUGGACCAUACAAUGAAAUAUAAAAUGAAUUUUCCCCAUGGACAUUGAACAAUUCUUAAAUGUCUAUUGGCAGUUGAUACCGCGGUAGAAAUUCCGUGUUAAAGCA